AUGACCCUUGACCACCAGGUAUUCAACCAGACUCUCAAGAGGACACCACCUCCAGCACCAAGCUACAUGCCUCUGGCAGAGCAUGGACCCAUGAGCCCAGAGAGUGAUGCUGGCUGUGCAGGAAACCCAUUCACAAAACUGCUGGUUCUCGGGAGAGAAGAUGGUGGUGCAGAACGGCAUUUGUCUGGUAGUAUUUUGGAUGUGUACAGUAGUGAGCAGGUGAUUUCUCCAGUUAAUGCGAAUCUUAUGAGUACUUCCUGUCCAAGCAACCUGCCCAUGAAAAAGGAAAUUGCAGAAACUGACACUAGAGCUUUGACGAAAGAGAGACAGAAAAAGGACAACCACAACCUCAUUGAAAGAAGAAGAAGGUAUAAUAUUAAUUACCGAAUCAAGGAGCUUGGCAGUCUUAUUCCAAAGUCUAAUGAUCCUGAUAUGCGCUGGAACAAAGGAACCAUUCUAAAAGCAUCUGUGGAGUACAUCAAGUGGCUACAAAAAGAACAACAGAGAGCCCGGGAGUUAGAACACAGACAGAAGAAGUUAGAGCAGGCUAACCGGCAGCUUGUGCUCCGGAUUCAGGAACUAGAAAUACAAGCGCGUGCUCAUGGUCUGCCAAUGCUGGCUUCACUUGGCACAGCUGACUUCAGUACCCACAUCACCAAACAGCAGACCCAUCCUGAGAAGAACCCAGUAGGCUGCUGCCAACAACUGACUCCAUCUCAGGGGACAAGCCCGGAGUUCUGUGAGCAAGCUCUGGCCUUCUCUGAUCCUCUGUCUCACUUCACAGAUUUAUCAUUUAGUGCCGCACUAAAAGAGGAACAAAGAUUGGACGGCAUGCUACUAAGUGAUACAAUCUGUCCCUUUGGCACCGACCCACUUCUCUCAGCCACUUCCCCUGCAGUUUCCAAAGCAAGCAGUCGAAGCAGCUUUAGCUCAGAGGAUGGUGAUGAAUUAUAA